CUCUCUAGGAAACAUUUGUCUUCCAGGGACAUUUUUGCCUGUCUCCCAAUACCACCCUGAUCCGAGGAAGGAAUGAAGGCUAAAAGGAGGAUUUUAUUACUGACUUUCUGCCUCUUCCUGCUGCUGCUGGCAAAGAUCCACUUCAGGAACCACCAGGAAGAGGAACUUCUGCUCUCAGACUGGUUUAAUCCCAGGAGACGCCUGGAUGUCAUCACGACCACAGACUGGCUGGCCCCCGUCAUAUGGGAAGGCACCUUUGACAGAAAGGUCCUGGAGAACUAUUUCAGGAAGCAGAACAUCACCAUGGGUUUGGCUGUGUUAGGUGUUGGCAGUCUCACUGACAGGUACCUGGACCCAUUCUUGCAAUCGGCCAUCAAGUUCUUCAUGCCUGGCUAUCGAGUGAUCUUCUACAUCAUGGUGGAUAAGUACCUGCAGCUACAAGAAAUGGAGUCCAACCCUCUGCGUUCCUUUCAAGUACUCAUAAUAGGCAUGGAGAGGUGGUGGAGCAACUUUGACCUUAUGCGCAUGAAAAUCUUGUCUGAGCAUAUCCAGGACCACAUCAGAUAUGAGGUGGAUUUCCUCUUCAGCAUGAACAUCAACACCGUCUUCCAAAGUGAGUUUGGGGUAGAGACUCUGAGCACAUCUGUUGCUCAGCUCCAUCCUUGGUGGUAUUUCCGAAAGAGGACGAAUCUACCCUAUGAGAGGAGACCUACAUCAGUAGCCCAUAUUCCCUUUGGACUGGGGGACUUCUACUAUGCUGGUACCAUUAUAGGUGGAGCGCCCUUUCGGGUCUUGGACUUCGCUCAGCAAUACCUGAAGGGCGUUACCUUGGAUACUGAAAAUGGAGUUAACAGUACCUAUGAAAAGUAUCUCAACAAAUAUUUUUUCCUCAACAAACCCACCAAGCUCCUGUCCCCAGAAUACAGCUGGGACCCAACCUUCAACCUCCCUCGGCAUGUGUGGUAUGUCAAGAUUGCUCACUAUCCCACAGAUGACUUAUGACGCACCAGUGUUUGUGGACUGCAGAGCAAACCACAGCAGUGCCUCAGAGACACAGACUGUCUUGUUAAAAACCCACAUGUCAGAGGCCCAAUAACGUAUAGUAUUUCCAAAAUCAAUUGUUCUUUUUUGCAUUUUUAAAUUGUCCAACUUGACUGAAUCUAGAAUGAAUAAAAUGUUAUACUUCAUGUCCAUAUACAU